CGUUUUGAACACAAGUUUAUAUGAUUUACACUUUCGAUAAGAGUUUUGUUUAUUUAUUUGAAGUCUAUUUUAAAUCCACUAAUCAUUGAUUCAAUUCACAGAUUAUUUAUUUGAUUACAAAUUAUAUUAAAAAUUUUAUUUACACUAAAAGUGGAGAUAAUAGCGAUUGAGAAGCGAUGGACGACUCGCACCACAAGAGUUAUCACAGAUUCAAAUCAAUGAUCGGUCUCCGGAGGCCAGACAUGAGCCACAACUCGUUCAUCAGUCUCAGCAAUGUCUCCAUUUCGUCGACAUUCUCGUUGAGUGCGCUGAAGACCAACUCAUUCAAGAAAAUGAGACGUCUUUUGACGACAACAAAGUUGACGAGAAAUAAGACAUCAGUUCUGUCGCCGAAGAAUCUC